UAUCAGUUAUCCGUUUUGGCCGCAGCAGUAUACUUUCAUAAAUCUGAAAAAUUUCAAAAUUGUGUAAAUUUUAAAAUCGUUAGUUGGUUUUAGGAUAUAUUUUCUUAACAUACACUUACACCAUGCAUUUGAUGUGCGAGCGAUUGUCUUCGAUAUUUGCGGGCGUCUUGGUGGGUUUGUGGUACGGCAAGACCUUCCCCGAGGACACCAAGGCCAAGCCAAAAGAAGAAAAGAAGAAGUAGGUGAAGUCCCAAGAACCGUAGUUUCCCUCCCUGCAUACGCAAAACCCUGCAGAAUUCAACUCAAGAUCUUUAGUAGUCGAGCCGGAAACUUCAAGCCAGUUCGACGACCUGUCAACCCGGUCGCCCUGACACAGCUCAGUAUUUAUUCGGCAGCUCAACUAGUAUAUCAGACUUUCGACGCGCACAA